AUGUCUACGUUCUUCAGAGGCCCCAUUUGCGGGACGGACAAUUGCAGGUCGCGCCUGUGGCGGAUUAUUGACGGCAGAAGAACGUGCCAAUACGGACAUGUCAUGGAGGGCGAUGUAGAGUUUAACGACGACGAGGACGUCAGCAAUCUGGGGGUAGUGACGCGACGCCUGAAUUUGACGACAAACGUGACGGGCAAUUUCCGGUCCAGUUUGAACACGCAGUCGCAGUUGAGCCAGCAGGAGCGCGUCUCGAAGAAAGUGUAUGGGCGGGCAGCAGAAACGCUGCUGGUGAAGAGUUUCCAGCGGGUGCUGGAGAAGCAGUGCGGGUGGCUGGUGGGACACGGGUUUCCCAGCGUGUUCGAGGACACGGUGAAGUGGCUGUGGAUGAAGUGGUUGCGGGGGCUCGAGGAAGACGGCGCAGAGCGGCCCGGCAGGCGAACGCUGGGCCUGUCGCUCCCGCUGAGCAUAGCGGUGCUGUACCUGGCCACGGUACACCUUCGCCUGCCCGUGUACACGUGUGACUACAUCAGAUGGAUCUGCUCGAUGCAAUUGCCGUACUUCAAGGCGACGCGGCUGUUGCCGGCGUCGUGGUGCGAAAAACUACCAAACUACUAUUUACAGCUGCUGGAGGGCGGCAAGCCGCCCUCGGCAGAACAGCUGGCGCACAAGAUCGUUGCGACCAGCACCCGGCUCCAGUUCACGGCGACGUGGGCGCCGGACCCGUUUUACUUGCGCAUGCUGCUGGAGCUGAGACUCCCUCCGGAGGUGUUCUUGUACGCGGGGGCGCUGUCGCGGGGCACGAACGGCCACCCACACCUCUUUGCCGUCUCGGGUCACGUGGCCCUGUUCCCAGAGUUUCGUGCGCUGGGAUGUCUGCUGCUGGCGCUGAGGUGGUGUGUGGAUGUUCCGGGCGACGCCCCCGGCGACGCCGCCCGUGCACCCCGCCCCGCGCGCUGGCUCCGGCAGUGGUGUGCGGCCGGCGCCGCGGCCGGCGCCGCGGACCGCGUGACGCGCGUCUCGUACGGCGCCGACCUCGGCGUCUCGUACGGCGCCGACCUCGGCGUCUCGUACGGCUCCGACCGCGGCGCCGACCGCGGCGCCGACCUCGCCUACCUCGCCUGGCUGGAGUCCACGUUCGCUGACGUCACCGCCCAAUCUGCAACCCACACAUUCUCCAUCGACCAAAACAUCGCCCGGCGCCAGCUCUACAGCAUUUUCCCCAGCCGCGGCAACAGCCGCGGCGUCAGAUCCCAGGGAUCUGACAGCCUCGGCACAGCCGUUGGCGCCGGUCCGUCGCUACUGGCGCGAGCGCGUCUGGCGUACGCGGCCGCCGAGGCGGCGCCGGUGCCUGCAUCGCAUCCCGACGCAACGUCAUUGCGAGCCGAGGUACAGCGCGCCGCACUGCAGCGUCUGGGCGCGCUGUUCGCGCUAGAACCCGCCGCGCUGUCUGGCUGCAUCGACGCUGUUGAGCGGGGAUACCGCCGCAGCGGGUAG